UUUAUAAUACUUCGGAGAUUAUCAAUAUCCUCAUUGGACUUACUACUCCUAUAUAUAUGAUCUUCCUAUCAUCAUCAUUUCCACCAGUUCACCACAAAUCACAUUCAAUCAUUUCAAACACUCUACUUUUUAUUUAAUCAUGUCUUCUUUCAGCAAUGUUUCGGACUUGAAACCUUUCAAAAACAUGUGGAAGAUCAAGGUGAAGAUCAUUCAACUGUGGAAACAAUACUCAGCUACCACCGGUGAAACAAUCAAAAUGAUUUUGAUAGAUGCUAAGGGCGACAAAAUCCAAGCUACCAUCAAAAAUGCUCUCAUUGGAACGUUUAGGGACCAACUUGAGGAAGGAAUGUCGAGAAUCAUCAUCAACUUUUCUCUCUUUCAUUCAGCGGGCAUGUAUCGGACAACAACUCAUCCUUAUCGGAUUGCCUUCAUCCCUAACACGCGUGUUAGGAUUUGGGGCAUCCCUUUACCGGAUGAACUCAAUGGAUUCUCUCCAGUCAAAUUUGGUGAUAUUCAUGAUGGUAAUUUGGAUGAAAACUACUUGGUUGACGUCGUCGGCCAACUGGUCAAUGUAACUCAACUUGAAGAUGUGCCUGUCAAUGGGAAAGACACUAAGAAAAUCACUGUCGAAUUGAGGGAUGAAAGAAAUUACUUACCAACCAAGUGA